UGCAUGUCUUGUAUUAAAAGCAUACGUGGAAUUGAACAGUCUAAAAAUUCCCUAAUCUAUUCUAUAAAUUCAACUACCUCAUUGUUAUUCCAAAGUAUCUCAUCUCAAAAUGAGUACCACGGAGUUUUUCUUCUCCUCUGCAGCAACUACAAUGUGUGCUAAACUCAACCUUUACGACGUAGCAUUUUCGCUGUUUUGUCUCUUUGUUUUCAGCUCGCUUGUUCAGAAACUCACGGCCAAGGGUCCAAUGCUAUGGCCAGUGUUCGGAAUCUUUCCGUCCCUGAUCAUGCAUUCUAAUUGCCUUCAUGAAUGGAUUACGAAAGCUUUGAUCGAUAAUCGAGGCACGAUUCCGUUUAGAGGUCUCGCCCUUGGGGGAAGCCGUGGCAUUGUGACAGCGGAUCCUGUGAAGAUAGAGUACAUGUUGAAGUCCAAGUUUCAUAAUUUUCCGAAAGGGAAAUAUUAUAGGGAGAGAUUUAGUGAGUUGCUUGGAGAAGGGAUUUUCAAUGCUGAUGAUCAGUCCUGGAAACAUCAAAGACAGGCGGCUGCUACUGUUAUGCAUUCGGUACGAUUCGUGGAGUAUUCGACGGAGAGCAUGCAGGAUCUGGUGCACAAGAAGCUUUUGAAAGUGCUGGAAAAUCUGGUGGAGUCCAAAGUUUGCAUUGAUUUACAAGAAUUGUUGCUUCGGUUUACAUUUGAUAACAUUUGUGUAGCCGCCUUUGGUGUCGAUCCAGGGUGCAUGUCGAUUGGAUUGCCCGAUGUUCCGUUUGCCAAAGCUUUCGAGGAGGCCACUGAAUCGACUUUAUGCAGGUUCAUGGUGCCCCCAUUUGUGUGGAAGGCCUUAAAGUUCUUCGACUUGGGCUUUGAGAGAAGACUUAAGGAAUCGGUGAAAGUUGUGCAUGAUUUUGCAGCCAAGACUGUGCAAGAGAGGAAGAAAGAAUUAGCUGCACAAGAUCAGGACAUUAAUUUGGAUGAAAAAUUCGAUUUAUUGUCCAGGCUUGUAAGUCUCGAAAAGGGAGGUAAAAACGGUUAUUUUUCGGAUAAAUUGUUGGAAGAUUUCUGCAUAAGCUUUAUCUUAGCAGGCAGAGACACCAGCUCAGUGGGACUAGCUUGGUUUUUCUGGCUAGUAUCCAUACACCCUCAUGUCGAAAAAAAUAUUCUGCAAGAAAUUCAUGACAUCCUCUGUCUAAGACAACAAAAAGAUGUCAAGAACAGCAACAUUAUUUUUACGACAGACGAACUCCACAAAAUGGUCUAUCUACAAGCAGCAUUGUCCGAAUCACUGCGCCUCUACCCCCCUGUCCCUUUCGAUUUCAAAGAAGUUCUGGAGGACGACGUGUUUCCAGAUGGCACGACAGUAAAAAGCGGUGACAAGGUCCUCUACAGCAUUUUCUCAAUGGCCAGAAUGGAAUCCGUCUGGGGCAGCGAUUGUCGUGAAUUCAAGCCUGAGAGAUGGAUCAAAGAAGGCGCAUUUGUGAGCGAAAAUCCGUUCAAGUAUGCGGUGUUCAAUGGAGGGCCGAGGCUGUGUGUUGGCAAGAAGUUCGCUUACACGCAGAUGAAAAUGGUGACAGCUUCAGUUUUAGCAAGGUAUUCAAUUCAAGUCGUUGAAGGAUUUGAAGUUGCACCCAAAACAACUACCACACUUUACAUGAAGAAUGGCCUAAUGGUUAGGCUUGUGCCACGAAAUUAACAUAUGUUUAAAUUAGUGGAUUAAGCUGGAUUGAUUGAUAAUUAGUCUCUCCCUCAAAACCCUAGCCUCCGUCAAAGAUUUUUGAAGGGGCUUCUAUCAGUUUUCACUGGUGGAAAGCCCCGAUUCCUUUUUUUUUCCUGUUUUCUUGUUUUGAAAUCUUAUUUCUCAUUCAAUAAGUUCCCAAUUUAUUUGGGUUUUGUUAGUCUCUCCUUCUUGUGAGAGUUGGUUUGUUUUAUGUUUGGUGUGUUUUGAUGUUUUUCAUGACCGAGGUUAUAGAUCGGCAUGAUUUUCAUGGGUUUGAUUCAGAUUUGAAGGUUAUCAUGGGAUCACAUCUAUGGUCGAUUGUUCAGAACACUCAGGUGAAAACCAAUCAGAUGGAAACAAGUGUGUAUAUUCAAAUCAUCUUCAAAUCGCUCAGUUGCCUCUCCAAGAAGGAAGGAUUCAACAGCGAUAUUUUUCAGCGUCUGUCCAAUUUCGAUUGUGUUUGUAGAUGCCGUAUGGCUUUUAAUUAAUAAAUUGAUUCCUUUUUAUCAAAAAAAAAAAUGUAAUAAAGGAAUCAAUCGCUUAAUUAUUAAAUUUGUCUAAGUACAAGUUUAUAGUACUUUGAAUAAUUGAAUUCUGUAAAGCGGUUCUCUGUUUUUUUA